AUGCCGUCGAGUUUCUUGGUGUCAGAAACCUCGACAUUCCCAAGUAAUCCGUUCUCUGUGUGGUGAAAAUACAAAGAAAGGGCGGAAGAACGCAUUACGACACCGCCUCACCCACUAUCCCAUCAGAGCGUCCUGACUUUGAUGCCCGCCUCACCCACUAGUCCACCAGAGCCGCUCUAACACUAUCCCUGUGGCCAUCCCUAUGUCCUGAUACUGCCUGCACAUGCCCCCAGUGCAUAGCUCAGUCAAGUCCUGUCAAGUAUGUUGGGAGUAGUGAACUUCAGAUAAUCGGACACAUGUCCGAAUGGCACGGCUGGGAUAUAGACACCCCUGGCCAAUGCAUCAGCUCAUGUGAAAGAUGCCUGCUACUCUCAUCGUAGCAGAGCAUCCCUCGUCUCAUCCUGUAGUCCAGCGUCACCUCGUCAAUAGCUCAUUUGAGUGCCCUCUGACUGUCGGGUCCCGCAAUUCCCGACAAAGUGGAUAUCUCCUUGUGUCCUUUGUGUUUGAGCAAGAUCAAAUACACAGCCACCUUGCAAGAGGGGCCCCCUCUAUAAAAGGCCAGGCCGGGGGUCGCGCGGCCACCCCCUCCCACAGCCGGGCACGUAGAGAUUUUCGCCGGACACAACGAAGCGAUUGGCCUGAAGAAGACUAACCAUCUUGCUCGACUUGAUGUCCCUAACCGCGCUUGGGUUCCUUGCGUGGCUCUGAUUCACAAACCUUUACGGAUUAGUGGAAGACAAACUUCAGGGGUUAGCAUAUCAUGCUUUCCCUGAGCGAACUUCCGCAUAUCGUCCUUAUGAGCAUCGCGCGGAACUUAUCUCUCGCGGACUUGGUUCAUCUGCGCUCCUGCGCAAGGGCUUUGCGGAGACGCCUCUCCAUUGCGGAUAGACGGCUCCAUGGCCUGAGUUUGAUAUUUGCAGAGCUGGAGCGGAUCUUUAUUUUGCCGUCCACGUUGCAACAAUAUGACGACAUAGAGAAGACCUACGACGCUCUACAAGGGUUUCUCUCAAAUUUGUCCUACAAGCGGACACCCCUUGGCUGCGAAGUACUUUUCGAGGAGUAUGAUGACAUCGAGAUCGACGUAGGGUACAGGUUUCUUGAGAGAUAUUGGCGGUCUACCGUCAGGGUUAUGGACUUCAUCGAUCCGUCAAAAUCGGUCUACCUUACCGGUGUGAGUCGAUUAUCAUGGAGCAGUGCAGGUCAAGAGCGGCUGGCUUACGAGGAUUGCGCCAUCUACAUGCACAUCGCUGAUGGGCAAUACGCACUGGUGUAUCAAGGAACGGAGGGCAGCUUCCCUGGGGAGGCUCGCUCCGCAUUGCCUACAGUCGCAAAGCAACUACAUACUACGCAUAAAGAGCUAGCAAAGGUUCUUGGAAGAGCCUUGUCAGCUUUCGCAGAGUCUUCCAUCCAUACCGGUACCGGUGUUGGGCAGCAUCUGAAUUGGUCGGAGAUGCAGCCAAAAGUCCUGGAAGAGCCCGAGGAUUUUGUCAUCGAAUAUGACUUGCAGCGGAAAAGGCUGACCGCUCACCUACUCAAGGGCUUGGAGGAACUGCGGCCGCGGUUGGAUGACACCCAUAGUAGGCUGUGGAACUGGAUACGGAGUCAAGUCGAUCUGAAAAAAGCUGAAUCACAUAUAUUCUUUUUCCGAGGAAUCUUUCGGGCUCUUCACGACAAUUGGUGUCUAUUUCACGAUACAAACUUAGCACAAGAUACCCGUUCGGAAGCUUUUGCCUUCGAUUGGGUCAAGAACAACAUCGUCUUCACGUCCUUCAGCUGCAACAAAAUAGCGCCAACAAAGACUUGGCCUCAUCCCGUUGAGAAACUCGAAGUGACUUUUACUGUGAACGGCUCAAAAAAUCCAGUCACCUUCCAAAGACUUCUCUGUUGCCCUGAUCGCAAUGGAGGCUGGAACGAACUGGUCUGCUGGUCUGACCAGAUUCGGUGUCAUCUGUUCGAGGCAGUGGCGAAGACUACGAGCCUCACUCUCGUUAUUGGAGCGCAUUCGCUGGCGUUUAGAGACAUUGCGGGGUGCAGCGAGACAUGGCGGAACGCUGAUGUCUUCAUGCUUGUGAUCGCUGCGGUAGCUCUGAGCUUUGUAGCUUGGCCACCGACACCAUUCGAGCUGCGACGUGUUUACGUUGAAGGUGAAAAUGAGACCUUACUGGAGAUUCCACUUGAGCCUCCUCUGCGAGUGCAACCAAUUUCCCCCACUACAAGGAACUUAAGCACGGUAGAUUGACUUCUAUUCAUAUAGAGGUCAUAUACGGAACCAACGAGUUGAUACUUAAGCGCCUUGCCUUCACAGGCUGUAGAAUCAGUUCUAGGUGAACGAAGGACACGAGGAAGUUUCGGGAAUAGACUUUCAAAAGAAUUUCUCUGCGGUACUGUUUAAUAGACCUGGUGCGCAUCUGCUACUUUCUUGGAGACCGAGCAUGCAAAGCAAGAAUAAAUGAAAUUACGGAAUGCCGUUAUUUGAGCGGGAGCGCCGUCUUUCCUUUGAACCGGCCGCGUGUUGUUAAGGCAAAUAGAGCCGCCCGAUAUAUUUCCGCUAAUCUCGUUUUGAAUGUGUUUGAAGUAGCUUCUGGACUCGGAAGCCAGUAUGAAGAGGCCGAGACGGGCAAAGCCGGGCGGUGACAGAGCGGGGUAAAUGCGCUGUUGCAGUGCAUGACAAAAGAGGUUCUCGGAUGCAGGACACGCAGAAGGCAGCGUAUUUUCUCGCGGGCAAGGCGGGGUCAUGAUGACAGACGCACCAUGGACAAGUUGAGCCAUUCCUCACACCUUCCACACCUCUGACGCGCAUGUAAAUUACUGUACAAAAAGAACAUGCCGGAUAUUUCUGCAAUAACUCUAGCUUUUACCGACUUCUCCAUUGCCUUUCGGUUAGGGUUAUCCACAUCCCGCUGCUUUCCUUCUCGAUCUCGCAUCUCGCCUCGUACGGAUGUAUUCGUUCACUGGGAUACCUCGACCCCUUCGUCGGUACAGGAACAACGAUGAUGGCGGCUAUGGAAUGUGCUCGAAAUAACAUCGGGGUGGACCCAUGUCAGCCAUACAAAUAUUGGCUCAAGGAGAAGGUUGAACCCGGUAGCGAGUCCAGGGAAAUGACGGAUAUGAAGUUGUGGGUUACGUCCUUCACACGUGAUGACCGUUUUCAAAAUGUGGUUGGUCGAAAAGAGGUCAAAAAAUUGCGGUUUGAGUUUUUGACCACUUUCUGACUAUUUUGUUCCCGGCCACCAGAGCGUCCUGACUUUGAUGCCCAC